CUUCGCGACUAGUAAUCUAGUAAUAAUACAUAGUAGAUGGCAAUUCCUAAUAUUUUGCUGGGCUGGCGAUGGCAAGAUGUAUAUUUCUGUGUGUGAAGUUGGGCCGGCCUGGUGGGAGCUACGCCGAGAUACUUUUAGAAGGCGGAGUUUGCUGGGGGCUACGCUGCUAGUGCUGAGAAGCAGAUGUACCACGAUGUACCGUACCGGAUCGUCGCGGCCAAGAUGGUUCAGUUGUAUUUUUAGCGUGGAACGAGAGACACAAUACUAAGAAAGAAAGAAAAUACAAUAAUGACACAAUUAUUAAUGGACGGGAAAUUGGUUGAGCUCAAGAUAAUAAAUAAUAAUAGAGAUUAUUCGACAGUUUGGAAAAGAAGUGGCCGCAUAAUCAAGUCAGGUCUUGUCUAUCUGUCCAGCAGAAGUUUCAGCGCCCAUCGCAACGUUUGUUUCUAUUCGGAGAGCGAUCUGCCUUGAACAAAAUAUCCUCCAGCAAGCCGCCAGGCCUUGGAUGUUCCAGGUUCCGGAUGAUGCUCCACUUGCUGCGCUAACAGCCACAGUAACUUAUAAUAAUAAUAGUAAGAAGUACGGGGAGUCGCCUGUACUCCGUACUGUGCGCAGCGUAGUUCCUCUGUACGGAGGGAUGGUUAUGCGAAUAUUGUAGUAUGUAGUUAGUUAUUAGUGGUUGAAACUCAAUCAAAGUGCGAAGAAGAGAGACAAGACCGCGGGCGAUAAAUAGUUAAUAUUAUUCUGAAACAAUAGAAUCACCAUGCCGAAUAGCGAAUAGACAGGUAGAGAGAGAGAGAGAGAGAGACACCAGAACAAACAGUGGAUAUUGUAUCUUAAAUUGCCUGUUCUCCCUUCCAAGCCAUAAUAAUAAUUAAUAUAAUAAUGUAAAGUAGUUACUACUUGUAACUAACUUAAUUAUUAUUAUUGCUGAACAGAUAGAUGUUUCUGUUCUGUUUCUGUUGCUGCUGCUGCUGCAAGCCCUCCCUCGUUCCAUCACAUCCGAUCACGAACUAAGAGCCAACACUGAUACGAUACGGACGGUUAAAUAAAAACCUCUGCCAGAGACCCCUCCUUGUCUAUUCAUUCCUCUUCUGCUAUCUUCUCUCUCCUCUUCUCUCUUCUCUUCUCAAACUUGUCCAUCUAUCUAUCUAUCUGUCUAUCUAUCUUGGAUCUAUCCGUAUAUCCUCGUGAAGCCGUACGUAUCGUAUCAUCGACUCUCCUCCGCCCUCCUCUCCCCGCUCAGCCUCCCAGCAUCUAUCCAAUAUCCAUCUAAAUCUCGGGUUUUAUCUUCCCCCACCCUACAGACCUCGGGGUUUGGGAUUAAGAAUAGGCCACUUAUUAACACCCAAGGGAGUAGUCUAGGACUGGUCGGUCCCUCUCCCACAAAGCGCCAUCGCGGCCGUCGUGGUCUUCAUCAAAAUAUCGCCAUACAGCCAUACAACCAUCAAACAAAACUCCUCCAUCACUCCCGAAACGGCCAUAGCAGCUGACGAACCUUUUCUCUUCGCACAUACAUACAGACGGUCUCUGUUAUUUUUAUCCUCGCGCCUCUGUCGUCACCCGCUUAUUGCUAUUAUUAUUAUUAUUGUUGUUGUUGUUGUUGUUGUUGUUGCCAUUUGUUAACUUAUUCUCCUGCCUGCUACUGGUCUGCCGUCCGCCUUAUUUACCUUCUAAUAUGGCCCCAGCUUACGACAGACCUUAGUCGCAAAACAAGGGGAACAAAAACUGAAAAAGAAUUAUACAGAUAAAAAAGAAGAAAGAAGAGAAAAGAAAAGAGAAAGAAAAGAAAAAGAAAAGGAAAGGAAAAGAGAGAGAAAAGGGAAAGAAGCUGCAGAUCCCCUGCUAUACAUUCAUACGACCUGAACUGCCAUCAUGGCGCAAUAGAAACAGCUCCCCUCUCGCAACAAAAGACACCAUGCUUAUUCCUAGCCCAAUUGCUAUCUCUCCCCUUGUACACUUCCUCCAUGCCUCCGUCGGUGUGGACAGCUUCUCUUGAGCCUGAACAGGGUGUCCUCGCCUCGCUCUCCCACUGGAUAUCCUCCCUCUUCAAAAUGCUCGCCAUUUCUCUUAACCCAAAGCCGCCUCAUAUCCAAUCCCCAGACUCGGAUGAUUCUCCGCCAGACGAUGCUUCGACCCGCUCUGAGUCUAUAAACUCUUUCACUCCCGCUCCUCCCCCGCCUCCAGCCGCCUCGACUUCCGUCUCAUCUUCUCCUUUGCCGCCGCCGCAGCAGGAAUCGCAAACACCUCCCGAUACGCUUGUGAAGCCACCCGUCCCCCCUCCGAUAUCUACCAGCACAAGCCAUGCCUCCUCCAACGGUAGCAGACGGCCAAAGCUAUCACUCCAGACCUCGUCACUUCCAAUGACCUUUGGCAAAUCUACAACGGCGCUUUCUCUAGCCCUUUCAGCAGGCUGUUCACAGUCCCCCACAGUACGGAAUACAUUUAGCAAUGCUUACGACGGAUUUAGACGCCCGCCAUCCUCAUCAACAACUGGCGCCUCGUCCCCAAAAUGCUCCUCCCGCGCUGGAAAACGAACUUCGUCUUACCUGUGCAGCUACCAAGGAGUGGAUGACGAAAUCCCUUACAAACUUCCACUAGGGCUACGAAGUAUUCUGCGCAACUCCCCGCUUCUUACGUCCGCAUCGCUACGACGGGCCCCGCUCGCUGCGCAAGGUAGUAAUGGCUCUGUCAAUGGACAUAGCGGACGCAGGGUGUUCUUCCCUGCGAAAAGACAGGUCAAAUAUCGCUGUCCGCUCGACGAGGAAAUUAAGACCACCCGCUAUACUGCCAAGCAUUCAGAUCUCCUAUCCCUAGAUUCUCCAUCUGGACCCUCAGAUGUCUACACGUCAUCAGACGAGAGUGAAGAGUCAGACUCAUCUCCAUCGCAACCCCGUUCUUCCAGCUUUUCAGAUGACGACGAACCCAUUGCGCCGCCUCCCGCGGAAGAAAAUACGAGGAACAAUAUUAUCGACCGCAACGCUAGUGAAGACGGUGGCGGUGCUGUUAAAAAUAACAACCCAUCCCCGGCCGCCGUCGAGCGCCCACGGACCGCUAAGCGGAAACAUUCCACAAGCGAGCGACAAAUCAGAGCAGUAGCGCUUCGAGACGAUCUAGCCAGUUCCGGCAGCAGCGCAUAUGGCUACCGCGAUGACACUCCCAAAACUUCCCUCCUCCACCAGCGACGGAAGCGUCAGCGCAAAUGGAGAUGGACCCUGGGGCCGAUUGAAAACGGAACCGCGCAGCAAGUUAAUGAUAUUAAUACCAACUCCAGUAACAGCCCGGAUCCCGACGUGGCAGCGACGGUGACGGUGCCGGACCUGGCAACUUCCGUGACUGCAUCGAAUUCUGCGCCUGAACCAAAAUUAAUGGCCGUUCCCACGUUGAGAUGCCCGUCACCAAAGCGGCGGCCAAGCCCGCUGGUAAACACUACUACUCACCCAUGCAUAGACCCACUCGCGCCGCCACAGGAUGGUUUUCCCCAGGGUCCCAUGUGUGACAUUCUGCAUGAAGCUUCCUCCCUGCCCCUACCUGAGAGUCUGGGAUCAAGCCCUUUUCCUUGACCGAAACACCAGCUGGAAAAAACAAAGAGGGAAAUUGCCGCACGGUGGGAUUCCCCCUAUACUACCGACCUAUGCAAAAUUGCAUAUCUUGGCAUUACACAUACACACCGACAUUACCUAUGCACCUAUAUACUAACAUUACAAGCGCCUGCAUUGCAUUUUGCAUUACUCUACCAACGAAAGCUUUCUAUAUACCCCAUCUAAUCUAUUUCCGCCUUCAUUCCCCAUCGUUUAUUUUAGCGUUGAUUUACGGCAACGUUCUAUUUUUGGGAUAGGGGACCGGGAUUCUGAACGAGCCUGGACAACACGAGCCAACGAAGCAAACGAAAACCGAGAACGAAACGGAUGAAUUGUUUAAAAUAAAAAAAGGAAUAUACCACUAUACACUAUCGAGCGCGGAGUGUUCUUUUCUUCUCUUGUUUUCUACUUUUACUCUACUUUUACUUUUACUUUUUAUUUUUUUCUUUUCCUGAGAAAGAACCUUACUUCUGUACCUUAUUUCGUCCACCUUCGUCCAACGAGGCGCCGGAUACACGAAUGGAUAUACGAACUAGGAUGAGGUACUCCGCUACAUGCUAUGCGCUAUCGUCAUAUCAAGGCCAAGGCGCGCUGGCACUGAGCGAUACAGAACACCAAAAUUUCCGUCUAUAGAUGCAGUAGGUCUAGGGGCUUGGUGGGCUGCGGGCUGAUUUCGCGAUGGCAGCGGAGGGGAGGAUGGGUAUAGCGGGGAAGACGAAUCUGAAUACACAACCAUAUCCCUAUCCCUAUCCCUACCAUCAUCAUCUAACCUCCGUCCAUCUACUUCUCGCUGCGCUGGUUCGAAUGAAGAAGGAAAGAAGGGAAGCACCAGUUGACCGGCCGGUUGCAUGAAACAAACCAAAAAAAAAACCCCACCUAUCUUCCUCCAGCCGCCAGCUCUCUACAAACCACCCAAUCAUCCAAUAUCCAAAUAAAGCCCGUCGGUAAUAAUAGUUUUCAUGGCUUCUAACAUUGGUUAUCACUCUCCGCGAAUCCACACGAUUUGAUUCUCCACUUUUUUCUUCUUUUCUUUUUUUUUUCUUUGCCCUGUGCUGUGCGUCGAGCUCCAGCCUCCAGCUGGAGAAAAAGGAAAACUUGGCCCACGGUUGUCAGUUUCUAUAUUUAGUCGCGCAACUGCCUCUACUCAAUACACUUACUAGCUUCCCCACCCCAACCUUUACAAGGACUGAACCGCCCGACUCGUUUAUCGUCCCCGUUUCUCUUCUCUUUUAUUUAUUUUAAUUUAUAUAUACACAAUUUUAUUUUUAGGCUUUUUAUGCUAUCUAUUUUGCUAUUUCGAUUUACUAUUUUAUAUAUCUUCUUCUUCCCUUCUUAUAUUAAAACCCCUGUUUUUAAACCCGCUUUCUUCUUUUCUACAUACAUUUCUUCUCUUCUCUUCUUAUUUACUUGUUUACUUUUUCCAUAUGACUUCCCACGUAUUUACGGAGCUACUGAGCGAACGUUUUUUUCUUCCUCUAUUCGCCUUUUAGCGUUGAUGCAUGGACUUUUAUUUUUUGGGAUAUACACCUAUGAGCGGGCAAUGUACGCAUUAUGCGCAAGCAGUAUGAUGGACGGGACAGGGGUUCAUAGUAAAAACCAUCAUAUCAUAAGUUAGUUAUAUACUAUUAUUACCCUUUUGAUAUACGGAGUUUAUAUAUAUAUAUCUUUCUUUUCUUUUCUUUUCUUCUUUCAGCCCUCUUCUCAAUUCGAGGUGGAUUGAUCAUCAUUAGUGUUUCCGGCAACAGCAACUCUGUUUUUCAAUAUUAAUAAGUUCCCCAGAGUGUUCCAUUUAAAGCUCGCGCAACCCAACCCUCUAGUUAGUUAGUGUAUUAAGUAUCACAGUAUAGUUGUGAUACCUAUGGCCCCCACACCUACGGAGUACUCUAUAGAAGCUAUUGAAAUUGGCAUGCAUCUUGUAGUCGUUAGCUAGUUAAAUACUAGCUUGCUUGUUGGGUUUCGGAGGAGGGGGGGGGGGGG